GCACGGGUGCUCGCCAUAAAAGGUCGUGUUUAUGCGGUAUGCAAGGUGCAUAUCUUGCCGAAUUAUAAAGUCAAAGAAAUGGCGUCAACUAAACGAAACACAAUAAGAGUUGGUAUUCUAACAGUAAGCGAUACUUGCUCAAGAAAGGAAGCUGUGGACAAAAGUGGUCCAAACUUGAAGAAGUUAGCUGAAGAUACGGAUGGACUUGAUGGUGUAAUUGUAGCCACAGGAAUUGUUCCAGAUGAAAUCUCAAAUAUCAAGGAGACUCUGUUAGAAUGGAGUGAUGUGAAGGAGCUUGAUCUCAUUCUGACCACGGGUGGUACAGGAUUCGCUGAUAGGGAUGUCACACCAGAGGCCACAAAGUCAGUGUUGGAGAAAGAAGCUCCGGGGCUGGCGAUGGUCAUGCUCAUGGGAUCCCUCAAGAUCACACCAUUAGCUGUCUUAUCAAGGUCUGUUUGUGGAAUCAGGAAGAGGACACUGAUUGUCAAUCUACCAGGCAGUCUUAAAGGUUCACAGGAAUGUUUUGGCUUUGUCCAGCCUUCUCUCAGCCAUGCUAUUCAGCUGCUGAAGGGAGAACGAGCCUGCGUCAAAGCGACUCAUAAAGAACUGGCUGCGUCAGGACCACAGCCAGGACCACAGCCAGGACCACUGCCAGGACCACAGCCUAUCAACAUGGUUUCAAAUUUACCAACCGUCAGUCAUGGACAUCACAAUUGUCAGAAGAUCCGUCACCAUGACGUUGAGAAGGUUGCCAGGCGUCCUAGAGAUUCCAUCUACCCUGUCAUCCCUUUAAAGGAUGCUCUCAAGAUCGUCAUGGAUCACACCCCGGUACUACAACCAGAGGUGGUGGAUAUUAACGAUGCUUUGGCUAGAAUCGUAGCUGAGGAGAUCAAGGCUCCCAUAUCACUGCCUCCGUUUAGGAACUCAAUCAAAGACGGUUAUGCUGUUCUAGCUUCUGACGGUCCUGGGGUACGUCAGGUGAUGAGUGAUGCCAUCGCCGGUGAUGCACCUGACCUGGAGCUCAUCCCAGGUCAUGUGAUCAGGAUCACUACCGGUGCUCCGAUCCCCAAGGGUGCUGACGCUGUGGUGCAGGUGGAAGAUACUGAACUUGUAGAAGAAGCUGAUGAUGGUCGAAGGGAGGUUUCUAUCAAAAUCCUGUCUACCCCUACACCAGGCCAAGAUAUCAGGCCUAUUGGGAGUGACCUGCAGGAAGGGACCAUGCUGGUCGGCCCUGGAAGUAAACUCAGUCCACCAGAGCUGGGUCUCCUAGCCUCGGUGGGAAUCACAAAGAUCAAGUGUUACCGUCGACCAGUGGUCGGUGUCUGCUCAACAGGCAAUGAGUUGACAGAGCCUUCAGAGGAGCUUCCUCCAGGGCACAUCUAUGACAGUAACAGAAUCACAAUGCUGGCUACCCUGCUAGAGAUGAAUGUACCUACUGUAGAUGUAGGAAUUACACCUGAUACCGUCCAAGCAACCAAGGAUGUCCUCCUGAAGGCUGCUUCUCAGUCUGAUGUGAUCGUUACCACUGGAGGAGUGUCCAUGGGAGAGAAAGAUCUGCUCAAGUAUGUCCUCUCUGAAGAACUCAAGGCUACGCUUCACUUUGGACGGAUAUUCAUCAAGCCGGGGAAACCUACAACCUUCUGCACAUUUGAAUAUGAGGGUGCCAAGAAGCUCUUCUUCUCGCUCCCAGGUAAUCCUGUAUCAGGUAUCGUGACCUUUAACCACUUUGUCUUACCGUGCCUGAGGAGGAUGAUGGGAUACACCAACCCUCAUCUCAAGAGGAUCAAAUGCCGCGUAAUGGCUGACCUAAAGCUUGACCCCCGACCUGAGUUCCAGAGGGCGCAUUUGGACUGGCAGUCCGCGGAAGACGGCGUGCCCCUGGCCUCGACGACAGGCAACCAGAUCAGUAGUCGUCUGAUCAGCAUGCUUCAGGCUAACGCCCUUCUGGCGCUGCCAUCGCAGAGCGACCAGCAGAAAAUGAUUCCCAAGGGAUCCCUCGUGGAGGCUGUAGUGCUCAGAUUAUGAGCAGUAGUUUAGUAUAAAUCGAGAUAGAAAGAUAGACCCUGUAAACACUAUAAUUAAUCUUUGUUCAAUGAAAAUCUUCAAUUCUUGACUGAAAAUUGGACAAUAUGCAUUUGCUAAACAAAGGUGUAGUUUCUAAACUACAUAGGGGUGUCAUUUUCUCCAGCGACAGUUACUCCGAAAGUUAUUUCAUCUGAGAUGUGGGGAUAUGGUUUGGGUUUCUGUUGGGUCUUCAGUUAGGUAGAGUGCUAGAUAUUGGUAUAUUGUAUUAAUCGCUAAGUAGUUGUUGCUAGACCAUGUGUUGUUAGACCAGUUAAUUAUAACAAGAUAGAAAGACAGACCCUGUAAACACAAUAAUGAAUCGUUGUGCAAUGAAAAUCUAUUCAUCUUGGUUAGAUGUUGGACAAAUAUGCAUACGCUAAACAAAGGUAUAGUUUGUGAACGCUCUCUAGACAUCAGUGAAUAGUAGAUACAUGUACCUAGUGACCUUAAACCGGGACAACAAGGGAAAAUCAUCGCUAUAUUUAUCCCUAGCACUAGAUGCCGGCUGUACAAAAAUGGGAAUGACUUCAUCGCAGCUUGAAUUAAGUUUGAGGCCAUUGCGUAAGGGAACAGAUACCAUUCACUUCAUCAUAUGUAAAAAGUAUAUACAAUAUAGAAAUAGAUUAAUUAUUGAGAAAGGCUCUUUAGAAUGAACCCUGUUGGCUUAAAGAGAGGAAUUUUAAUAUUUUUGUAUGAGGAAAUUGUGGGCUUCCAAUUUAUCGUCUUAAUGUGAUAUUAAUUGGACAUUGAAAUGUUGUAGUGUGUGUUGGGUCUUAGAUAAUUAUUGAAGUAGAUAGAUAGCAGAGAGUUGAUGCAGUAAGACAUGGUUUACGAUGUCAAAAGCAAAAGUUAAAGAAUUAUCGAUCAAGUAUUGAUGAGAUCAAUAUAUUUGCAAAUUCAGUAUUGUUUUAACAGGGAAUGUCAAUAUUGGACAUCUGUGUAAUUUUGGUUGUGUAGUUAUUGAGGUGAUUUAAGGCAAUGGAAUUGUAUAACACCAAACAGAUUUCAGGCAAGUGAUUACAAUUCAGAGCAUGUAAGGUGUUAUACAAUAUAUUCAUGUAUAUGAUGCAACUAUGAAUUACUGCCAAGACAGUACAAGUUUUAGAAUUUGAACAACUUUGAGACUUGCAAGAGUUUUUAAUUUCAUAUGAAAAAUAUAUUUUGGUUUUAUACUUUUUCGUUAAAAAGAGUAUUUUUUAUUGAUUUUGACAUAUUUGUCAGAAUUUCAGUACUUUAUAUGAUAAUGGUUAUCAUGCAUUAUACUCAGCGAAAAUAUGAACUUAAAUGUACUCAGAAAAAUAUUUUAUGAUGAAGAUAUAUAACUUGCCAUGCAUAAAAAAAUAAAGUAUUAAAUAGUAGGUGAACACAAAGCUGCUUGUAUUGUGAUGAUAAUUGUUACACAAAGAAGCCUACGAAUCAUGAGAACUGUGAAGUCUAAAAGAUAUGACCCUAUUAUUAUGCCUGAUGUUGUUUAUGAUGCAAAAUUUAAUAUGCUAGCUAUUAACUUGCAUAUUGCAGUCAAUCAUGAAACUGCAAGAUCAAGUUAUCAAGAUUUUGCCUCAAUAAUUUCAAAUUAAUUGUUUUAAUUUGUGACUUCUUUAUCUAUAUUUAAUGAACAAGGACACAUGGCAAACUAUUUUUAUUUGCAAAAAUGUACAUGUUUAUCAGUGAGAAAAGGAUUCUUUAAUAUAACGGAGCCAUGUUAGCCACACAUGGCUUAUUCAAAUUUGAAAUAUUAAGAACUUGUUGUUCAUGUUGAAUUAUUGGUGGAUGAUUCUAAAUGGUACAAUUAUUUUGUAUAUUGUAAACUGUUCCUAAUCCUGUCCUUCUUAGCAAAUGCCAAUAAAAAGGGGUAGAAAAAGAUUUGUCCUCUUGAGGCAACAUUCCCAAUUCUGUUUAUAUUCUUAAUUUUAUCCUGUAUUUUAUUUCAUAAUACAUAAGAUAAUGUCUUGUUAUGUGGACUUUUAAAUUCUGUAUGUUUAAUAAUACAACCAAGUUGUGUAUAAAAUUAAAUAUAUAGAUUUUGCCAUUUCUAGGCUAUAUAUCAGUAGUUUAAUAUAUGAUAUAGAUUUUACUUGUUUACGUAAGUUGAAGUGUUUAGUUAUAGAACUAGAAGAAAAAAUAUAUAAAGAACAUGAUAUUAGCAUGAUUUGUAAUGUUAAGAGGUUUUCUCUCUGUCUGUUAAUUAAUGUACCGUCCAUGUUUUGCUCCUGAAUACCAUGACAAUGCUUGAUAAAGAUAAGUAAAUACUUCUGUUCUUUUGUCAUUCUCCUAACACUGAUUAAACAAAUAUCAUUGGAUUAUUUUCCUUGAAAAGAUUUUAUGUUAAGUUUUAAUCUUAAUGACAAGGUCAAAGGCCCUGGAAUAAUUGAAGUAUAUAAGGUGACAUACCGGUACAUGUAGUUAAAUUAUCAUUCAAAUGCAGGUAUAGAAGUGAAAUUGUUCAUCUAAUUUCAUAAAUAUCUUACAUACAUGUCAUGCAUAUGGACUCUGACAUGACAUUCAUACUUAAGACUAAUGAAAGGAAAUAUUUCAAAAUUCACAAUUGUAUUCAAGAAGUUAAAAGUGUUUUUGUGGUUUACGUUUGCUUAGAUGUAUAUCCAAGAUAUAUGUAUAAAGUGUGCCUUAUUUCCUAUAAGUUCCAUCAAAGCGUUUUGUAAUUUAGCAGCAUAUAUAUCAAAUAAAUAGAAAGAGUAAAUUAGCAUGAAGCAAUUGAUACAAUUAUAGGUUAUGAUUGCCAGUUAUAGAUUUUUAUUCAUCUUUUCAAAGUUUUUAAAUUCUUUAUCAUGAAUAUAUGAUGAUUCCAGAUACAUGUACAUGUAAGCGAUAUCAGCAUGCAAUCAUAUACAAAUUUUAUUUUGAUGAAUAAUGUAUUCUGUUCAUAUCAUUUUCUCUCUAUGACGACAUGUUCUAGUGUUAAGAAUAUGGAGAUGGCAUAUGUUUGCUGCACUAUCAUAUGUAGCAAAUUAAUAUCAAAAUAAAUGAUAAUGAAAUAAAGUGAGACAAUUUUAUACGUCU